AUGGCGAGCUACCUGGGGCAGCGCCCGCAGCUCGAGCUGUUCUCCGAGUCCCAUAGGAUGUCCAAAGGGAUCGUGGCGGAGGUCGACAGCGACUGGGCCUCCGAGCCUGGGCGGGGAUCCGUGGACGGCGGCGUCCUGUUCAUCGGAUCGCACCGCAUCGACAGCUGGAGCGGUCAGCAGGGCAACCGCGCGCUGAGCAUCGCGGGGGCGGAGUUCAAGGGUGCUGUGAACGUUUCAGCCAGGGGCAUCUGGUUGAAGAACUUGCUGCUGGAGACGGGGAUCGACAUGAUGCUGCAGGUCAACACUGGCAGCUCUGGGGCCCAGGGCGUCGCAUCGCGUCUUGGACGCGGGAAGGUUCGACACUUGGAGACGAAGUAUCUCUGGGCGCAAGAGAAGAUCGGGGGCGAGACGACGUCGAUGGCGAAGACCCGCGCGGACGUCAACAGGGCGGACAUGCAAACCAAAUCGCUCGAGGAACCCAAAUUCAUGACGCUGCUGGAGCGCCUGCGGCCGGGCAUCUACCACGGACAGUUGAAGGCCCAGAUGAUCGUGGACCUGCUGCUCGGAGCAGGCCGCAGGUGA